CUCAUGGCAAAGCGAAGCCACCAACCCCCCCAGAGCGGGACCGGGCGCGCCGGGGUGCAGGGGCCGGGGGCAGCGGGGGGGCGGGAUGGGGGCAGACCCGGGGAGGCGGCGGGAGCAGGGGGCCGGGGGGAGGCUGGGAGGAGGAGGAGGAGGGAGCCGGGGCCGGUCACACACGCCCGCCGCCGCCGCCGCCGCCGCCGCCGCCGGCAGCAGCAGCCGCCCCGCGGGCCAGCACCACCGGCUGCCGGUCUCCGUGACAACGCGACCCCAGGGGGGGGGCCGGACCCGGCGGGGGCAGGAGGCGGAGAGACCGGACCUUUCACGGCAAUAUCCUCAUGGGCCGGCGGCAGGGGGUCUUUAUCCCCCUCCCCGGGGGAAGCGGCGCCCUUCUCGGUAGCGGGGCUCAGGCGAUGCCGGCGGAUUUUCUUCACUCAACGAGCAGAGCAUCCAACAUGGCGCUGCGGCCGCCUCCAGCAGUCCGGCAGGACGGCCGCUCGGAAAACUUCGGGCCUUUUCGGAGUAGCUCGGGAGGCCGAGGACCAACCUCCCCACGCUGGCCAGAGGCACUGUCAACAAGCGAAGCUGAUUUUGUGAACUUGCCUGCUGAGAGCCCUCCAUGGCGCCCCUGUUGCCUUCAGGAUCCAGUCUAAAUUCAAGGCCCUUCAGGAUCUGGACUCUGCUUCCAUCCUGCCACUCUCCACCUCAGAUCCAGAACUGCAGCCACCUUGCUCCACUGCAGACAAAGCCAUUCUCUUCCUCGCCCUGGGGUCUGUGUGUGGACUACGAACCCAAACCAUCCUCUCCCUUCUCAGCCCGUUGGCUAAUGCCUGCUCCUGCCUCAAGGCUUGGCUUAAGCCUCACCUCCUCUAGGCAGCCUUUCCUCACUCCCGAGGCUGAGCUAGGCUCCCAAAUAGAUGCUUAAAGCUCAGUGUUGAGCAAUAAAGAGUAGAGCUGUUGGAAUCAAAUUACCUGAAUUUGAUUCUCAGCCCUGCCAUUGAUUAAUUGUAUGACCUUGGAGAAAUCACAUAACCUCUCAAGCCUCAGUUUUCUCAUCUGUAAAAUGGAGACUCCACCUCUUUUCAUGAGAAAUAAGACAACAA